AUGAGCAAAUCAUCAAAGGCUAUUGAUUUUCCAACUUUUUAUAAUCUUCCACCAUUCUAUUCACUGCAGCCAGUGUUAGAAACGAGAGAAAAACAAAGUAAAUUGUGGAGUGAAGUAAUUUUGAAAUAUUGCGAGCAUGAAAGGAAAUUUGUAAUUGUUAUUGCUGAGGAAGAAGGAAAAUUAUUUUCCAAUUCUACAAUUAAUAGAAAAUUAAAUAGAGAGGCUAUUUAUUACUUUUUGGAUGAUCUUGUUGCGAAGGAGAGAGGUGAAUGGUUGGAUAAAAAGUCCAAGGAAUCAAUAUAUAUUUAUUGGAAAACACCAAUGGAAUGGGCUGAUAAGAUUCAGAAAUGGGUUGAUGAUUCGGGAGUUUCAAAUACUGUUUGUACAUUCUUUGAAUUGUUGGAGGGAGAAACUGGAGAAGGAACUGAAUUUCAUGGAAUGAAUAAGGACAUUUUCAAGAAGGCACUUAAACUGCUAGAGAAGAGAGGAAAAGCCGAAAUGUUCCAAUCUGGUGACAAUGAAGGUGUAAAAUUCUUGUAA